UGGUCUGCCUUGACCUCGCCUACACUGAAGUGACAUAAAUCAGAUUUUUGACUCGUUGUAAAGUACAAGUCACCAGUCACCGCUGUCGAAGUCCUCAGCCUUCAAAAACGUGUGACAUGUUGUAUGUCUAGCAAAAUUUACCUUUUUAUGGGUUUUUUUGAGGUGCUGUUUUUCAACCUUAAUUCUUCCACCAAGAAUGAAACUUUAAAAAUUAAGAUGCCAACAGAUCACGAGCAGCCCUGUGGUCCCAGGCACAGGUCAUUUUGCCUGAAUGGGGGGAUUUGUUAUGUGAUUCCUACUAUCCCCAGCCCAUUCUGUAGGUGCAUUGAAAAUUAUACAGGAGCUCGUUGCGAAGAGGUUUUCCUUCCAAGCUUCAGCAUCCAAAGCAAAAGUAACCUGUCGGCAGCUUUCGUGGCGCUGGCGGUCCUCGUCACUCUUGCCAUCGCGGCGCUCUGCUUCCUGUACAGGAAGGGCCACCUCCAGAGGGCCAGGUCAGUCCAGUGUGAGAUCAGCCUGGUGGAGACGAGCAAUGCCAGUACCCGCCACAGCCACAGAGAGCACUGAAGACAUCCACAGUGAGGGGCAUUAUUACCUACAAAGGCAGACUGUGGACCAUACGAGGAGAGAAGACGUUCAUCAUGGAUACGCCCCAUCAUUUCUAUGGCAGUCCCAGGAUCUCACUCUUGAUGCUCUUGUCUUGAUGCUCUACUGUAUGACUGUUCAUCGCUCACGUACAGAAAUGAUGCUGGUUUCCUGUGUUGACCCUGCACCCUGCUUCUGAGCAACAGCACAAGAGGACCAGAGCUAUAAAAUACAUCAAUGGGUAAUGCUGAAGAGCCUGAUUCAACAUUCUUGAAAAACAACAAAUCCGAGUUUAGUUCUUUGACUGCCAGCAAAAGUAUGUUUAGUGAGCGUCUCGGAAAGAGCAGAUGGAAUGAACUGGUCUAUUAGCAAUUCCUUUCUUUUGUAUUUUUGGAGACAGGACAUCAUUUCAUAGCCAAGGCUGGCCUGGAAGUCACCAGUGUAGAUAAGGCUGGCCCUGAAUUCAAGAGACUCACCAGUUUUUGCCUACUCAGAGUUACUAGAAUUAAAGGCAUAAUAACACUGCA